AUGUCCAACAGCUUGCCAUCUAGAACAUUGACACAUGCUACCCCACAGCGUCGCCAGAACAGUAGCUGUGAUCCCUGUCGCCGAUCAAAGCGUCGCUGUACCUUUCCACUGGUUACAUUUGACAGUUCCAGCCCGGCCUGCACACACUGCCAGCGCUUAGGACAUACCUGCACCUUCAAUUUUGCCACAUCACGCCUGGACAAAAGAUCGAGCAGAAAGCAGCGAAAGCGACACGAUAAUUCGGAGCAUACAACAAAUGAUUAUGACAUCUCAGAGAUAGCAAAGUACCCCGGACCUCUGAAUGGAGACAAUCUGUUUGAAAAGUGGCUCAACCUUGACAAUGAUUCCUCAAAUAACGAAGCAGAGUCGUCAAACCAAAACUACCCGGAUUCCAUUUCUGGCCCGGAAUCCGUGUCAAAGUAUGGAUAUCAGCAUGUUAAACAGAUGACCUUAGCCCCAAGGUACUUACGCAAAAACCACCCCGUUCUACCUUUAGGCGUGGGCUCAAUGCUUGGAAUCUCACGACGAAGCCCGAUAUAUCUACUGAACUCGAAGCUCGAUACAGCAAUCUUGGAGACGCGCCUGGCACGAAUCUUCGAGAUAGUUGUCAAUGGAUGCGCUUCAAGAUAUCUAGACUACGAUUGCAAUUUGUAUGCAACGCAAAAUCGGUAUCAGAUAGAAGACAGCACCAUCUCCACGAGCUCCGCCUCACCUGAAUCAGAUGCUGCUUCGACGGAGAGCUGGGAGGUUCCUACGCCUUCAGGCUCAAAGUGUCAAGAGGAUAAUGCUUCAACACAACUGCAGCUCAACACUGAUAGGAUGGCCACCAAACCGGCCAUUCGAGAGGAUUCCUGCAACAUGACCUUGGUCGGUUCCGCACGCUUCUUGGAUCAUCUGGCAGGCCUUUACGGCAAUAAGUUAGGACUGGCUGCACGAAAUCAGUCCGACGCAGCUUUACACGCUGUUCUUCGAGUAUUCGCGCUGCAGUGGAUUCCUUUACCACAUUCCUCCUCUGGUACUGGACCGUCAUCAGAUCAUGAUUCCUGCUUGGACGCGUACACUGAUGCGUGGUUCAAUGCAAGAUCACAGAUUAUGGCCAGCCAGCAUAUCCGAUCGUUCCGGAUUGUGCUUGCAAUUCUAUUGUUUGAUGGCAUUGCUAUCCCGAUCAAAGCUUACGCCAGUCUGGGAUUUGCUGGGAUCGAGCACGAAUUCCUCGAUAUUGGCCUUGGAAGUCUUUGCAUUUUAGACAAACUUGUCAUGCAAUACUGUGCUACAUUGGGACCCUUUUCCAGAUAUGCCGUUCUGGCAGAAGCCAGUCUAAGCCUUGUUCGUUGGUGUGGAUAUAUACGUGAUUUGGGAGCGGCACUCACUGCAAGCCACGAGUGCAAAAUUCCGGCUCUUUUCGCACGUGAGAACGGACAAACCCAAAAUAGUACGGUUCCAGGACAGCCUGUCUACCAUAGUCUACAGGAUAUAGACAGCAAGGACCCUUCUAUAUGCCAUGGAGCAACUGUGCGGUCUUUCUGUAUCUGGCGGCAAAUCAUAGAUGUCAGAGGAGCUCUUCUGAAGCUAGAUGAUAUAAGCUCCGGCAUUCCACUUGAAACUUGCAAUGCGAUACACCAAGCAGUGGACGCUGUCCAGGAGUUCGAUGAUACUUUUCAACCUUUCAUGCAGGACUGCACCGAUUCCUUUGGGGGUCUGUCUCUCGCUCGGAGAAUAUCUGUUGCUUCUAUGAUCUCAUUCUGGAGCCUUGGUGUUCUUGUUCUCGCUGAUUCACUCAUGCCAUUCACCGAGAAAAUCAAUCAAUAUUGUGAUCUAGGCCUUUUGUCACGUAUGCAGUUGUGCCGUGAGGUCGCUGUCUCAUCAAUGACACAAAUCAUGGAAGCCGUGUCUGCACUACCGACCGAGGCUAAUCUGAACAUUCAGAACAGCCUUGGUUCCGAAGUUCCGAUCAUUGCAUAUCACGUUACUCCUAGUCUUAUGACUUCGGCACUUGCAAAGGCCGUGGAGCAUAGUAUUCAUUUGCACGUUUCGAACGACUACAGCUUAGAAGAUCCGCUAAUGGACGCGACCUUCCUUGGUUGUGAUGACGUUGGAGAUCACAGAAUCGACACGCUCGUUAAGGGACUUCUUUCUCUUGAAGCAACUAUUGGAGGAUCUCAGGUGGGCGGGAUUGCCUUCCAAUCCUUGAUGGAGAGAUAUGGGGAUAUCAUAUCCGAAUCCUGGUCUUGUGAUUAG